AUGAGCGCGCCGUCCGUCCACCUCACAGCUCCAAAUGGCGUCAAGUACACCCAGCCCACGGGCCUCUUCAUCAACAACGAGUUUGUCAAGUCGAGGUCCGGACGGACCAUCACGUCUAUUGACCCAGCCACCGAAAACGAGAUUGCCACCGUGCAAGCCGCCGGUCCCGAAGACGUAGAUGACGCCGUCAAGGCAGCCCAUGCCGCGCUCAAGCACCCCCCGUGGAAGCAGAUGCCCGUGUCCGACAGGGGCAGAUUGAUGAGCCGUCUCGCGGAUCGUCUCGACGAGCACAGGGAACUGCUUGCAACAAUCGAAGCCUGGGACAAUGGCAAAUCAUACGCCGAGGCUCUCAGCGUCGACUUGGAGGAAGCAAUUGGCACGUUUCGCUACUACUCCGGCUGGGCGGACAAGAUCUCGGGCCAGACUAUUCCGACGAGCCACCAAAAGUUUGCCUAUACCCUCCGCCAACCCAUUGGCGUGGUUGGCCAAAUUAUACCUUGGAACUACCCGCUGUCAAUGGCCUGCUGGAAACUCGGCCCAGCCCUGGCGUGUGGAAACACCGUCGUCAUCAAGGCAGCCGAGCAAACUCCCCUGAGCAUUCUUGUUCUGGCCUCGCUGAUCAAGGAGGUUGGGUUCCCGGCUGGCGUUGUCAACGUUGUGAAUGGAUAUGGAAAGGACGCCGGCGCGGCUAUAGUCGAGCAUCCACUCGUGGACAAGGUCGCCUUCACCGGUUCUACGGCCACGGCUAGGCAAAUCAUGAAGAUGGCUUCCGCUACGCUCAAGAACAUCACCCUAGAGACGGGCGGAAAGUCGCCGCUGCUCGUCUUUGCAGACAGCGACCUGGAGCAGGCUGUAAAAUGGUCGCACCUCGGAAUCAUGUCCAACCAAGGUCAGAUCUGCACGGCCACGUCGCGCAUCCUAGUCGAGGACAGCGUCUAUGACAGAUUCGUCGACCAGUUCGUCCGGCAGACCAAGAUGGUCAGCAAGGUCGGUGACCAAUGGAGUCCCGAUACGUACCAAGGGCCCCAAGUCUCCAAGCUGCAGUACGAGCGAGUCCUCGAGUACGUGGAAGCUGGCAAGGCAGAGGGGGCACGACUGGUGUCUGGCGGCAAACCUCUUGAUGCUAAUAGCAAGGGAUUCUUCAUCGAACCUACCGUCUUCACCGAGGUCAAGGACAGUAUGCGAAUUUACCGGGAGGAAAUAUUUGGUCCCGUCGUGGUCAUUGGCCGGUUCAGUUCGGAGGAGGAGGCAAUUGCCCGAGCCAACGACUCCACGUACGGCCUUGGAGCUGCCGUCUUCACCAAAGACCUGGAGCGAGCGCACCGGGUUGCAUCUGAGAUUGAGGCGGGCAUGGUUUGGGUAAACAGCAGCAAUGACUCUGAUCCAAAGGUUCCCUUUGGAGGCGUCAAGCAGAGCGGCAUUGGCAGAGAGCUUGGCGAGGCUGGUCUGGAGGCAUACAGCCAGGUUAAGGCUGUCCACAUCAACCUGGGAAACCGUUUGUAG